AUGAGGAUCGUUAGCUUGCUUCUGACACUCGUCUGUGUCAUGUCUUUCAACCUCACACACGCUAAAAUAGGUUACUUCUGGCACAUUACAGACUUUCAUUACGACCCGUUAUACACAGUACAGGGUGAUACUAGAAGACAUUGUCGAAGAGCCGACGAGCGAGGGAGCUCGGGCCACCACAGAGCCCUCGGUAGACUUGGGGAUUACUCCUGCGAUAGUUCUUUGGAACUGAUACAAUCUGCCUUAAGAUAUAUGCGUACACGACAUUCAGAAAAUGUUGAGUUUGUUUUAUGGACCGGGGACAUCGUAGCAGUACAAUACUCUGACAAUGAAGACAAUAGGUACCAGGCGAUCAGAAAUAUAACAGAGCUUCUAAGGAUGACAUUUAGUUCUCAUUUCGUUUUUCCUGUACUUGGUCAUACGGAUCCAGCGCCUUCAGAGAGACUUACAAAUUUAUGGAGUCAUUGGCUACCACUGGAAGCACUGCAAACAUUAAAAAUGUAUGGGUAUUACACAAUAGAACAGUCGCACAGUAAGUUACGUAUCGUGGCGUUAAACACAAACCUAUUCAGCCACAGUCAAGCGAACAGUGUACAGGCUAAGCGGCAGUGGGAAUGGUUGGAUGCUGUUCUUGAUAAGGCAACGGCUAAUAGUGAGAUGUUAAAUGAGGAAUUGACAUUUAAAAUUUUCGAAAAGGGAUUUAGAGGCAAUUUCUAUAAAAAACACUUGAAGGCCGUAUUCAAAGAAGGUAUUGUUUAUAUCGUGGGACAUUCAGCCCCUGGUUCGGGAUCUCGCUAUAACGCCUACUCGGUUGAUGCAAACGUUAAAUUCCUGAACACGAUCAGACGACACGCUGGUAUUAUAGCGGGGCAGUUCUUUGGACACCUCCACGUGGACACGUUUCGAGUUAUAUAUGAUAAAGAAUUACCAGUAUCCUGGGCUUUCUUAGCACCAUCUCUUAGCCCUCAUCAUGAUCCUGCUGGAUCUUCAAACCCAGGACUACGACUUUACAAAUUUGACUCGGAUACAGGAAAGGUUUUAGAUUACACUCAAUUUUACUUGGAUUUGGCCGUGGCGAAUCGAGGUGGGGACGGUACAACGGUUGUAGGAGGUGACUGGGUGGCUGAGUACAAUUUGACACAAUACUACGCCAUUAGAGACGUCUCUGCGGAAUCCUUGCAUCACUUGGCUGACAAGCUAAGGAUUGGCACGGCUCACGAAACUACCAUGUUCAAUAAAUAUUUGCGCUCAUAUAACGUUAAACGGGAUAUCUCUGACAACUGCGAUGGGGCGUGUGCACAUCAACAUUAUUGUGCUAUAACCUGUUUGGAGCACAUCGCGUAUAGGCAAUGCGUCGAGGCAGCAGCCAGCGCUCUAGCAGCUUCUGGACGAUCCGCUCCGCUCGUCGCUCCGCUCAUUAGUCUGAUCCUCACCCUUAUUUUAGUAUAUAUAGCUGUGCUUUAA